GGACCAGUCCCCCGCUAUAUAAAAGGCUUGGUGUUGAUGUAGGCUUUCCUCUCUGUCUCACUAUCAGGCUGCUGCUACUCCACUCUCCACCCUCCGCUCACAGAUGGCUGCUGUAAGAUUGCUCCUGUUUUUGCCUCUAGCAUCUAUUUCUGCAGCGCUACAGCUGGGUUUGCAGGCGAAGCUUGGAGAUGACGUCACUCUCCAUUGUCAGAUUACCACAGAUGAAAGGAUCUCAGUGCUGAAGUGGAGCAGAGCUGACCUGAACACAGACGGCUACGUCUACUUCUACAGGAACAAACGCUCCUAUGAAAACUACCAACAUCCAUCUUUUCAUGGCCGAGUGAAGCUGAGGGACCCGGAGAUGAAGGAUGGAGACGUUUCUCUGAUCCUGAACAACGUCACAUUUAAUGACACUGGGAUGUAUGAGUGUCACGUAUGUGAGGAACCCUGGGAGAAGUAAAAGAGUUCACACUGA